AUGCAACCUGGAAUAAUGUUGUUUCAAAAUGUUUCAGGCGAUCGGCAAACUCCUACCGAUCCUGUUCCAACAAGUGUUCUUUCCUCGACUACAAUCAAUACCAAUCCAAUAAUAAUAUCCACAUCAUCUCCAUCACUAUCACAAACACAGUCAUCUUCACCGUUGACUAAGAACGAACAACUUGCUGAGUAUCCUCAACGUGAUCUUAACCUUAAUGUACAUCAUCUUGCGCAACAACAAUCACGCCUAUCUGGAAAGCUACGUUCGGUAUCCGACCAAAAUGACAUUGCUGACGAUGACGACGACGAUGAUGACUACCAAAAUACCGAGGCGAACAGUGAAUUAUCAAACCGUAUCCAAACCACUUGUUUUCGUGAUCGAGAAAUUCACAAUCGACUAGAGAAACAUCGAGAUCAUCAUUCUUUUUCCUAUUUUUCAUCGAUUAUGGUAUCUCCGAAUGAAAUUCGAAGACGAGCUCAUUUGAAAGGUUGCUUUGAUAAUCUUAAAGCUGAAGUGCCAUGUCAACGUGAUCGGAAAAUAACAAAUCUUCAAGUAUUAAAUCUAGCUAUUAAAUAUAUUCAGACCUUAACGCGUAAAGAACGCGAAUAUGAACAUGAAGUUGCUUUGUUAACUGCACGAAAUAUAGAAUUACAGCAACGACUUCGUUCGCUCAAAAGUGAUUUGAACGCUGAAGGUCACAAUGUGGAUACAUGGCUAGAAUCUUGCACAGAUCUUGACCAUUCAGUAUCAACCCGCACGGCGUCGGAAGCAGAAAUGUACCGAACAUUCGAUGACAACGAUGAUGAUGAUGAUAUGAAUUCUUCAACAUUCGACAGCAAAUUACUGAAUGGACAUGACGAUCUCGAUCGCAAUAAUAAUCACUCUGGCAUUCGAACAAAUCUAAACAAUUCAUAUACAAUCGAUACCAAACUUCUACUAAAUAAUCGAAAGUCUUCAACACGGCAACGACCAAGGCCAUCCAAAAGAAAACUGUCCGCAAUUCCAACAACAAAUCUUUUGCAAACAUUAUCAACAUCAAUUCCCACACGUUCGGAAAACCUACUCGAUUAUAACAUUGCAAGACAUCUUCGUCUUGAUCAGCCAUGUAAUCUAUUAACUUCAAUUAAGGAUAAUUUCUCUUCAACAGCCGCAUUAACACCCAUAACUGAUAUUCGAUACGAAAUUGUUGAUCUAUUUACGAAAGGUACUAAUUCACAUAUACAACAACAUCAUCAUCCGCAGCAAAACUCGCCAUUACCGUCCAUAGCUAGCUUAAUGAAUCGACAUUCGUCACCGAUUGUGUCGCCAACAAAACAAACAAUUGGAAUCAAUACGGAUCCACUGACAACGUCGACAACUAAUAUUUUACAUCAACCUGUUGCUACAUCGUGA